AAAAAAACCAUCCGCCGGAGGCCGGAGGGCAGAUUCUCCACCAUCGCCUCCACUCCACCCUCACUACGCGAAUCCGCGGCGAACCCCCCUCUCGGAUUCCUUCUCUCCUCCCCGCCCCGAUCGCGUCGUCCAGAGACCGCCAGGCUCCGGCGCCCCCGCCCGCCCGGGCUCGCCGGGGGUCGGGAUGCCCUGCUGCUCGCCGUCGCUGCUCGGAGUCGGGCCGCGGGUGCGCUCCUUUCUCCGCGACUACGACGCCCUCCAGUCCCUCGCCCUCGCACUCAUCUACCUCCAGAUUGGUUGUGCGCUGAUUGGGUCACUUGGGGCAUUGUUCAAUGGGGUUCUUGUGAUCAACCUAGUGAUUGGUCUAUUUGCUGUUGUUGCAAUCGAGAGCAGCAGCCAGAGACUUGGCCGGACAUAUGCUGUCCUUCUCUUCUUUGCUGUCGUCCUUGACGUUGCUUGGUUUAUACUCUUCUCCCAUGCUAUCUGGACUAUUAAUCCUGAUGAGAAGUAUGGUGAACUUUUUGUUUUCUCACUCAGACUAGCAUUGUGGAUGCAAAUAAUUGGGUUUUCAGUUAGGUUUUUGUCUUCAUUCUUAUGGAUUCAAAUGUAUAGAUUAGGGGCUUCUUCCAGCACGCCAACAUAUUUUGAAACCAACCAUGAAGCAAGAAUUAGUUUCUUAAGCCCUAGAUCUGAUUCAGUUAGACGGAGUCCUACGGCAGAUGAUAUAUUGGGAGGUUCGAUCUAUGAUCCUUCUUACUACUCGUCACUGUUCGAGGAUGUCCGAAACAAUGCAUGCAAUCAUCAGGGUGAUAAACAAAGUGGUAGUAAUGACAGUGGUUCAACAUCUGCAGGCCAGACACCACGACUUAAAUCUUUUGCUAAUGAUGUGGAAGGUGGACUAAAAAGACCGUUGAACUCCUAGGGAUAAAACAACGGGCUCAUCUUGGGAACCUAAAUCCUGUAGCCACCGUUCUCUUUGAAGCAUAGAGGUUUGCACACCGCAGCAGUUUAUUUCUCAGACCAGCGGGAAGGGGGUGUCCAACGAAAGGAGCUUGGCAAAUACUGUAACGGCGACUGCCUGUGUUGCCGAGCAUCCACAGCAGCAUCGGUGCCAUUUUGGAGCACCGUUCGUACUCAGCGAGCUUGAGCCGGAUGUUUCUGCAAAUAGCUGUCCAAUGUUGGUGUUGCAUAUCGACCUAUGCCAUGCGAUAUGUUUACUGCCCAUCAUGUCCCAUUUUUCAGACCUCUCUUCCUGUUUCUUUUAACUACCAAGGAAAAUGAAGCAAGUAGUUCGUUAGUUCUUUAGUCACUUAGUUAUUUUCUAGCUGUAGGCUGGCAGUUGCUUCUCUUCUAGCAUUUUGGUCAUUGUUCAUAGCAUUUGUGUUGACAAGGAACAGAUCUCUAGAUCAGUGAAAGGAAACAAAUGUAAGUUUCAUUCUGUU